GGAGGAGGAGGAGUGGAGGCGCCGGCGCAGAAGAGGCUGAGCUGCCGACUUGGCAGCCGGGCGGAGGCGAGGAGGGCGCCGGCGGGGGGCGCGGGGGGCGCGUCUGCAGGGCGAGCCAACAGGUGACCGAGUGGGACACAGCAGGGGACAUAACUGGUUUGAAUGGAAUUGGAUGCUGCCACCUUUGGCCUGGGAAAUAACUUUUAAGAAAUUGGGGGGAAUUGGUAUGAAACCUCAACCCUUGCCUCUGCCUGUCAUUCUGAAAUAAAUAUUUGGGCCAACAAAAGACGCCUAUCUGCAUUUUCGCAAUGUCUCCCUGCUGACUUGGACAUUCCCGCCUACCUGCGGUUCAAUUGGAAGAAUGAAAACAAGAUUAUUUCUGGUCAUCCUCGAAGUUUGCUGAAGAUUUGGGGGAAGAUUCGAGGAGGUGGAAACCUCCCUUGAAAUCAGAAUUAAUCUGAACCAAACCUCGCCCUUUUUAAGCCUUGAAGGGAGCAAGAAGCUGGCUUCUCUGGAAGGAUUACGUUUAUUUGGAAAUGCCUCCAAAUUCCUGGAGUUACUUUCGCCCAUGCUCGUUUGAGAUACGUGUCGGAUCUGUGGGAGAUUUGGAAAUUUUGGGGGGACUGGAUCGAUGCCAGGCCUUUUCAGCAUUGGGUGAAAGUUUGACUCGAUAUUUAACAAAGCAGAGAAGCGGAGAAAAAAAUGGCAAAAUAUUAAAGAUAACGCUGAUCGAUCUUGCUUAUUCUCAGGAAAAACAAUAAAACUCGCUCACUGAAUGUUUUUGAAGGAACAUCUGAACUGGCUGUUGUUGUUUUUUAAUCUGGAUUCAAGAGGAAAAGUUUCAUUCCAUGAGCUGUUGACAAUUUGGGCCUGUUCAUUGCCAAAAAGGAAACUUUUGAUUUCUUUCAUUGGAUUCCAUGACAUUGCAAAAAUCUGGCUGUUCUCCUUAUUCCAGUUUUUAAACAAAUGUUGGAAAGAAGUCCCUUUAAAUGUCUCUGGGCUGCUUUUUCACUUUCUGCUCUCCUCACAGAUCUGCGUUCCAGCUUGUUGCAUUCUUGUCUUCUUUUGCUCAACCCUUUCGGUCUGGAAGCAAUCAGAGUUGCUCAAAUUGCUUUUCUGGCCUAAUUUUGCUGACCCAGAAAUUUGGAAAACCUCAGAAAAACUACUGGGGGAAUAAUCAUAGGGAAUUGCAAAUCACAGCUGGCCGAACUUCUAAGGAACCACAUUCACUGCACAAAAAAAUAUAUAUAGGAACCCCUGUUUUUAUUUAAAGAAACAAAAAAUAAUUCCCCAUUUUGCAUUGGAAUAUUCAUCGGGAGCCAUCUUGCCAAGAAUUCUUUGGAAAGUUAUAGCUUCUAUGUUUGUGGUUUUUUGGGGUUUGUUUUAAGAUGAGGAAAAAUCAAUUUUAAAUUUCUCAGGAAUCUUUUUUCUGUUGUUGUUCUCCCUCCGGGCACAACGUACAAAGCAAAAGAGAAGAAUGCUUCUAAAGACUGGCUUUGUUUUUUCAAGAGUCUUAAUAUAUUAAGGUGUCAUUCUGGUUCUCGGAGGCUGUUCAGGUUUUCUGGUUCCUUUGUUUGAGGUUGGAGGCCCAACAUGUCUGCAAGUGCCCAGUUGUGUCGCGCUCUGUACGACAACACAGCCGAGUGUCCGGACGAACUCUCGUUCCACAAAGGGGACCUCAUGGUCCUUCUCCAGCCAGAAGGGACUGGCCUGGAGGGCUGGCAUUUAUGUUCUUUGUAUGGCCAGCAAGGAAUCGUGCCCGCCAACAGAGUUAAGAUCCUCCCUGAGUCUGUAUCUCACUCAAAUCACACCCUAGCAGAGGUCUACCAGAUCCCGAAGAAGGAAGUUCUUCUGAUGGGAAGGAUCUCAGAUGAAUCCAUGGAGGAACGGAGAAGAAGAGAUCAAAGGAAAGAAGAACAGGAGGUGUAUGAGAUACCCCCACCCGCGAGGCCAUGCCCGCUGCCCCCAGAAGGGAUCUACAGGGUGCCCCGGGGGACCAGAAGAGAAGAAGAUUCUGUGGAGAUUUACGAUGUACCCUCGUCUUUGCUCCGCGAUGUGGUUUUGGACAUGUAUGAUUCGCCGGCCCCACGGGUCAAAAAAGUCGCCCGGGUAGCCCCCCAGCCCAGUGCCCCUCCAAAUGCAGACGAGGCUUAUGAUGUGCCGCUCGCCUUCAAGAAAGCCCUGGCGCAAGAGGAGGCAGAGGAGGAGGAGGAAGAAAACUGCGAAGGGCCGCUGAUCUAUGCCAUCCCGUCCAAUUUACGACGCGCUUCUGCCUUGCUUAACUUGUACGAAUCUCCAGAAGACAUCCGGGCUGGAGGAAAGGACGAAGAAGACGAAGAGGAAGACGGGGCCAUUUAUGACGUUCCUUUGCUGACGCCCAGCACCCCGCCCCUGGAGGGAGCCCUCCAAGGACUCAACAUAAGGGAUCCGGGACCCCCCACUCGUCCCCGGCUGCCAUCCGCGGAGAGUCUGUCCCGCCGUCCACUGCCCGCUCUUCCCAGCGAGGAGCGGCUUUCGGGUGAGCUACCACCCCCAUCGCCCAACAUCGUGCGGAAGGGCAGCAUACAGGACCGCCCGCUGCCUCCCCCUCCGCCCCGGCUGGGGGGUCUCGGGGUGGGGGACCAACUGGACCAAGCCAGGGAUGAUGUCCACAACGAAUACGAAGGGAUCCGUCUGGCCGAUGAGUACGAUUAUGUCCAUCUGAAGGGGGCUGAUAAAAUCCAGCAGAAAGCAACCACACCCGAAGCCAGCCCCACAUUUUCGGUCUCAGGGGAGGCAACUCCAACGGAAGAUAUGGUGCCGCCAUCCCCAGAGGACAGGCAGCUGCUGCAGUUCUACAUGGGGCAGUGCCAGACGCACUACCGCACGCUCCUGUCAGCCAUCGAGGUCCUCUUGGCCAGUGCCGGGGCCCACCAGCCGCCCCGCGUCUUUGUGCCACACGGCAAAUUUGUCAUUGUCACGGCACACAAGCUAGUGUUCGUGGGUGACACCGUCUCCCGCCUGGCAUCUUCAGCGGUUGUGCGGGCGAGGGUGGGGGCCGCCAGCACGGCUCUGUGCCAAGCCUUGAAGGAAGCAGUCCUCUCGGUCAAGAGCGCUGCUUUGAGCUACCCGUCACUGCCUGCCGCUCGCGAGAUGCAGGGUUGCGUGACGGAGUUGUCCCGCCAAGCGCUGGCUUUCACCACCUUGCUGGGCACCCUGGCACCCUCUUGAUCCGGGACUCCGCGUGGCUGCCACUCCACCUUAUGGUAGACGAUGGGACGAUAGGUCUCUCUUUCUGUGGAGGGUGCCCGGCGGGGCCCAUCCUGACCAGUGACAGUUGUGGAAUCGGUACCGAUGUUCCCGCUUCAGCCCAGCUCGUUCAUCCACCACCACGGCCGACGCAUGUGCCAAAAAAAAAAAAAAAAAAA